AUGGACCAUGGUCAGCACAAAGCCGCCAUUGCGCAGCACGCCGAGGCUGCCGAUAGCUACGUGGAGAAAGCCGUCUCCCGGCAGUCGGAUCACCAGCGUUCCCGGGAGCUGCUGUUUCAGAACGACUUGGCUCACUUGAUUCCCAGCCGAUGGUGGUUUGCUUCUUCAGCGUUUCCCAUGAUCGCAGCCACUCUCGGUCCAGUGGCGUCAGCUUUCAGCAUCUGCGCUUUAGGAUCCAGAUGGCGACUUCACGUACUUCCUGGUCAAAGCAUCGAAGAUGCUACAGCUGUGGAUGAUCCUGCCUGGUUGACCAUUGUGAAUGCAAUUCAACUGGCAAUGGCUUUGGUCUCCAAUGCCUUUCUUUUUUUGAACAUGACCAAAAGAGUCCGCUUUAGUAUCGCUCAACCGGUCACGAUUGUGGGGUGGUACAUCUCUGCCAUAUGCCUAAUGUCCCUGGAUAUCACGGCUUCUGGUCCCCUUAUGGAUGGCCUAGAGCCACCAUCUGAAUUUGUUUGGUCUCAAGCAUUUUACUACGGCAUCUGGGCUGCCAUACUUUACUUUGUGGUUGCUACGUUGAUGGUGGUUACGUUUUGGGGAGCAUCAUCAGGACAUUAUGAUAAGGACUUCAACCUGACCCCCAGUCAACGCACGCUCAUGCUCCAAACGAUACUGUUUCUCAUGUAUCUUCUUUUAGGUGCAUUGAUAUUUUCCAAGAUAGAGGGAUGGCACUAUCUGGAUGCGGUAUACUGGGCAGAUGUCACCCUUUUUACUGUUGGAUUCGGUGACUUUGUCGUCACCACGACACUGGGAAGGGCUCUGCUAAUACCCUAUGCUCUCAUUGGGGUCAUCAGCCUUGGUCUUGUCGUUAGCUCGAUUCGAAGCAUGAUUAUCGAGCGUGGAAGACGUCGAUUGGAUGCCCGAAUGGAGGAGAAGAAGCGACGGAGAUUCAUCCAGAGCAUGGCGAAUCGCGGGCAGGACGAGAUUCUGAACCCGAUAGUUACUGACGCCACGUCCGACUGGGAUGCAGACAACGCUGGUUUACCGCAAAACGAGUUUGACCGCCGGCGAACCGAGUUCCUCCUGAUGCGCAAGAUCCAACAACAGGCAUCGAACCGGCGAAAAUGGAUGGCAAUGAUUGUAUCUGGCAGCGUCUGGAUACUCUUGUGGCUCGUUGGCGCCGUCAUCUUCAUGCGCUGCGAGAGGCCUUACCAAGCAUGGACAUAUUUCGACGCCUUUUAUUUCUCCUUUGUGUCCUUCACCACUAUAGGUUACGGCGAUCGCACACCAAAAUCAAAUGCUGGGAAAUCAUUUUUUGUCUUUUGGUCACUUUUAGCACUGCCCACCAUAACUGUGCUUAUUUCGAACGCUGGAGAUACGGUGGUGAAGUUUGUCCGGGACGCAACAUUACGCGUGGGAACAAUUACCAUUUUACCUGGUGAAGAGCGAUUCGUCGGGAAUUUAAAAUACAUUGCCAAUCGUUUGUUUCUGGGGCGAGUGUUUCGUAAUGCGACGGCGGCCAUUCGAGAUGACGAGGAGCAGAAGAGAAGAGGUAAGCGUCCAGCCCUUGUUGCUGGAUUAGACCUCGAGGAUGUCGACGAUACAAAGAAGCAGCAGAUGGGACCUCCCGGUGCACACGCACACAACAGUGACCCAGACGAGCGCGAGGGCAAACACCAGCUUUGCAAGACUGCUUCGAGCCCGGCUAGUCGCCCUUCUUUGACACAAGUCCGUGAUCGUCUCGGUGACUUGCCAACAGGCACGGAUCUUCACAUCUUGCUCGUCAAGGAGAUCCAGCUUGUCAGCCAGCAUCUUAGAGAGUCCGAGCCUCGCCGAUACACAUUUGAAGAGUGGGCAUGGUAUCUGGGCCUGAUAGGAGAGGAUGAGCGGGACCCCUUGUUUCACCGCAAAGUGGUUCCUAAGAAGAAGCACAAGCGCCGUCGGCGUGGAAAACACAACCGCCAUGGCGAUCACCGCGACGGCCACGGCCACGGCCACCAGAACGGCCACGGCCACCAGAACGAGCCCGAGCAUGACGGCCAUGCCUUGCAUGGACAAGUUGACGAACAUAAUUCUGUAGCAGCCCAUGUAGCUUCUCAACCUGGCCUUGAUGAAGACCAAACCAAGUGGUCAUGGGUGGGAAUGCGUAGUCCUCUAAUGGGCGGGCAGGAAGAAAGCGAAUGGAUACUAGACAAACUGAUGGAACGUCUGCAGGAGUCGUUGUGGGAGACAAAGGUGGACGAGGAGGAUGCGGAGUCGCCGUGA